AUGUGGGUGGAACAUGGGGAGCUCCUUUCUUGUGUCAAGCAGAGCUGGAAAGAAGAAGGACGGGGAGGUGGGUUCGAAAAUUUAGCUUAUAAAAUGAAGUGUAUGAAGCAGGUGUUGAGAAGAUGGAACAAGGAAAUUUUUGGUCACGUCGAUUUAACUAUUAAAGAGCUAGAGCAUCAAAUUGAGUCACUCGAAGCUAACUUGCAAGAAGGAUACGAGGCAGAGCUGGAACAUGACCUCUUGGUGUCUAAAAUAGAUCUAGAUACUUGGAAAAAAAGAGAGGACAGUUUGAUCGCUCAAAAGGCUGGAAUUAAAUGGCUACGAGAAGGAGAUAACAAUACAAGGUUCUUCCAUGCAGUUUUGAAGAGAAGGCAGAAGAACCAAGUCACCAAAAUGACUAAACUAGAUGGCACUUCGAUCAACACUCCUGAAGCCAUACAUGAGGGUGCAGUCCAAUACUAUCAAGAAUUUCUAAGCCAUAAAACUGAAGGUGAGCUGCCAGACUUGAGUCCCUUCAUUGAUCAAGUAAGUACGGAAGAUGAGAACAAAAGCAUAUACAAGAGGUCGUCGAUGGGAGAAAUUCGGCAGGCAAUUUAUAGCAUCCCGGUGGAGAGCAGUCCGGGCCCAGAUGGAUUUGGGUUGGGAUUCUUCAAAGCUUGCUCAGAUAUUGUCUAG